AUGUCCAAGAGAUUUGAGAUGUCGGAUCUUGGAAGAUUAACUUACUACCUGGGCACUGAAGUUAAACAAGAAGAAUCGGGGAUUACUAUAAACCAAGAAGCGUAUGCUCGACGCAUUCUAAAAGAAGUUUGUUUAAAUGAUUGCAAUUCGACCCACAUUCCAAUGGAACCGGGAAAUAAGUUGUCGAAGGCCGAAGACGAACCCGAAAUCGACCUGACACAAUAUCGAAAGGUGGUAGGAUGCCUUAGAUAUCUCUUGCACACAAGACCCGAUAUGGCAUAUGCGGUAGGAGUUGCUAGCUGA